AGCCAGUAGUUUGUCCUGUGCUGCCUCGGCUCGGACUGCUGAAGAUAUCUGCGAGGAGGAGGAGGAGCAGUCAAAGUUUGAGUUCCCCAGAGAAGGAAAAGUCUGUCUACUACACGAGAGAAAAGUUGGGAAGGAUUUUUUUUUUUAAAUUAAACUUUUGAUCAAGCGGAAUAUCGCGUCUCGUUGGCAUGGAAUGACACCUUCCCACCCAGGAGCUUGAAAAAACCAAAAACAAAAACGACGAUGGCAACCCGUUUUCUGAAGUGGCUCGGUCUCACCUCUCUGCUCUCCCUGAGCUCCUGCGUUCUGGCGGAAAGGAAAGUAUGCCAAGGCAUCACAAACCGUCUAAACCUUCUGGGAUCCAAAGAAGACCACUACCUGAACAUGGUGAAGACCUAUAGCAACUGCACUGUGGUCCUGGAGAAUCUGGAAAUCACCCACAUGGAGAGCCACCGUGAUCUGUCCUUCCUCAGGUCAAUCGAAGAAGUGGGUGGCUACGUCCUGAUCGCCAUCAACACAGCUCCCAGGAUUCCUCUGGAGAACCUGCGCAUCAUUCGAGGUCAUUCUCUCUACGAGGGAGCAUUCGCCCUCGCUGUUCUCGCCAAUUAUGACAAACCUACGGGUCAGGGCACCCGAGAGCUUCUCCUGACCAGCCUGACAGAAAUCCUUAAAGGAGGUGUGAAGUUUGCAACCAACCAGCUGUGCAACGUGGAGACAAUACAGUGGUAUGAUAUUGUCAGCACUGAUGCCAAACCCACCAUGGAGCUCCCGGUGGCCAGCAACAAUCCGCUCUGUAAAACAUGUGACUCAAGCUGCUUCAAUGGUUCCUGCUGGGCACCUGGUCCUCAAAACUGUCAGACUUUAACAAAGCUGAACUGUGCACAGCAGUGCUCUAAGAGAUGCAAGGGGCCCUCACCAAGCGACUGUUGCAAUGAGCAUUGCGCUGCAGGCUGCACAGGACCCCGGCCCACCGACUGUCUGGCCUGUCGGGACUUCCAGGAUGAUGGGGUGUGUAAGGACUCCUGCCCGGGCCUCAUGCGUUACGACCCCAACCUGCACCAGCUGGUACCCAACCCACACGGGAAGUACAACUUCGGGGCCACCUGUGUCAAGAGCUGCCCGCAUAACUAUGUCGUGACCGAUCAUGGAGCCUGUGUGCGGACGUGCAGCGGUAAUACAUAUGAGGUGGACGAGGGAGGAAUCAGGAAGUGCGCCAAGUGUGAUGGACUGUGUCCAAAAGUGUGUAAUGGACUUGGAACCGGGGACUUGACUCACACCAUGUCUAUCAAUGCCACCAACAUUGACUCCUUUAAAAACUGCACGAAAAUCAAUGGUAACAUUGCUAUCAUCCACACAUCGAUUCAUGGGGAUGCAUACACCAAAACACCAAAGAUGGACCCUGCCCAGCUUGAUGUGUUUAAGACAGUUAAAGAAAUUACUGGAUACUUGUGGAUUCAAACGUGGCCAGCGAGUCUGAACUCACUCAGUCCUUUUGAGAAUCUGGAGAUAAUUCGGGGACGAACUAAACGUGGUGUCCGCAGCGUGGCUAUAGCUCAGCUUGGCAUCAGCUACCUGGGGUUUCGCUCGCUCAAAGAGGUCAGCGAUGGAGACGUGGUCAUCAUCAAGAACCAGAACCUGUGUUACACCGACAAGAGCCACUGGACGAGGCUCUUCAAAUCAAAAAGCCAAACUGCCACUAUAGAGGAAAAUGCCAGUGCCACCACAUGUGCUCAGUGGAACAACACUUGUGACAGGAAGUGUACAGCGGAUGGCUGCUGGGGUCCGGGCCCAGAUAUGUGUUUUGCCUGCCGUGACUACAGCCGUGACGGGAGCUGUGUUGACUCCUGCAACAUCCUCGAGGGAGAGCUGCGGGAGGCAGUUGUGAAUAGAACCUGCAUGGCGUGUCACCCCGAGUGUCAACGCAUGAAUGGAACCGCAACCUGCAGCGCGCCUGGAUCUGGAAACUGUACUAAGUGUGCCAACUUCCAAGACGGACUGUUCUGUGUGUCCCGCUGUCCCCAAGGCGUGCCAGGGGAGGACGACAUGCUGGUGUGGAAAUACGCAGACGAGAUGAAAGUGUGCCAGCUGUGCCACAAAAACUGCACUCAGGGGUGCAUGGGACCUGGUCUUGAAGGCUGCCAGAAUAAACGCCCUUCUGGUCUUUCCAUGAUUGCAGCCGGUGUAGUUGGUGGGCUGCUGGCUGUUCUUAUUGCGGGCCUGUCUGUCUUUGUGUUGCUACGCCGACGCCACAUCAAGAGGAAGAGGACCAUGCGGAGACUGCUCCAAGAGAGAGAGUUGGUUGAACCUCUGACUCCAAGUGGAGAGGCACCAAACCAGGCUCUGCUGCGGAUCCUGAAAGAACCUGAAUUUAAGAAAAUCAAAGUGCUGGGAUCAGGGGCUUUUGGUACAGUUUAUAAGGGCCUGUGGGUUCCCGAGGGAGAGGAUGUGAAGAUCCCAGUGGCCAUCAAGGUUUUGAGAGAAGCCACAUCACCAAAAGCAAACAAAGAGAUCUUGGACGAGGCUUAUGUGAUGGCCAGUGUGGAGCACCCCCAUGUGUGCCGUCUGCUUGGCAUCUGCCUGACCUCUACAGUGCAGCUCGUCACCCAGCUGAUGCCCUACGGCUGCCUGCUGGACUACGUCAAAGAGAACAAGGACAAUAUUGGCUCCCAGCACCUGCUCAACUGGUGUGUGCAGAUAGCCAAGGGUAUGAACUACCUGGAGGAGCGCCACUUGGUACACCGUGACUUGGCAGCAAGAAACGUCCUGGUGAAGACUCCUCAGCACGUCAAGAUCACUGACUUCGGUCUGGCCAAGCUCCUAAACGCAGAUGAGAAAGAGUACCAUGCAGAUGGGGGAAAGGUACCGAUUAAAUGGAUGGCUCUUGAGUCUAUUCUGAACAGGACGUACACACAUCAGAGUGAUGUGUGGAGUUAUGGUGUAACAGUUUGGGAGCUGAUGACAUUUGGGACCAAACCGUAUGAUGGGAUUCCAGCCAGUGAAAUAGCCGGGGUCCUGGAGAAAGGGGAGCGACUUCCUCAGCCACCAAUCUGCACCAUAGAUGUCUACAUGAUCAUGGUGAAAUGUUGGAUGAUUGACGCAGACAGCCGACCUCGUUUCCGGGAACUAAUAGCCGAGUUUACAAAGAUGGCACGGGAUCCUUCCCGCUAUCUUGUCAUCCAGGGCGAUGACUGCAUGCACCUGCCGAGUCCCACAGACACUAAAUUCUACCGCAGCCUGAUCAGCGGGGAGGACAUGGAGGACGCUGUGGAUGCGGACGAGUACCUGGUGCCACAACAUGGCUUCUUCAGCAGUCCAAGCACUUCCCGCACCCCGCUGCUCCACUCCGCAAGCCUCAACAGCAGCAUUGGAACGUGCCACAGUAGAAAUGGCUUACUGAACGGGUUCCCAAGCAGAGAUGGAAGCUUGGCUCUCCGGUACAUUCCUGACCCCACAGAUAAAAUUUUAGACAGUGCCUUCCAGCCAGCUCCAGACUACAUGAACCAGAACGGAGUCUCCGAUAUGAUGAAUCCCAUCUAUCAGCACCCCGGUCCGCCUCGCACCCUCCUCCCCACCACCGCUUCAGACGACACAGAGACAGAGUACCUGAACUGCUUUAAGAACGGGACCAACGGAGCCGAGUACCUCAACGAGGUCCCAGCCCCCGCCAUCCUCCCGCUCACCUCCAACGGCACGGUCCACAGCAUUCAGAAAUACCAGCCCCAGAACAGCAUAGACAACCCAGAUUACCAACAGGAUUUCACUCCCACUUUCAAGACCCAUGCCAAUGGACAUAUCCCGGCAGCAGAGAACGCAGAGUACCUGGGCCCAGACUGAGGACUUAAUGGAUACAGACAAGAAAUAAGAGACAGUUUCCUGUUCCAUUACAAAAGAGCAUUGAUUUCUUGGCUGGAUUAUCAUACCUAAGUGGUACCAUCAAUUAUCAUAUAUGUUGUUUCCUGUCUUAUGAAGUCAGGUGACACUUUGUGCAUCUUUCCAUGUUGUUUGCAUGCUGUGAUACUUGUCAUGUAAAACCUGUCUCAUUCCAAAGAGCUUUUCUUCUUACAACCAAACAACAAAUGACUUUUACUUGAUGAAAGCAUUCGUAUGUGACUCAGAUGACCCGAAAGUUUCUGGAUCCAACACACUACUUCCUAAUGUUGUAAACCCCUGUUAGAAAGUGAAAAUCUCUUCUGAAAAUCUCUCCAAAUGUUCUGCACAAAAAAAUGCUGUAUGUGAUCCAAAUAAGUCGGUAGAGGAAUGCUAUUCAAAUGAUGUAAACGCCUCCAUUUUUGGGGGGAGGAGGCAGAAGCUCUAUUUCAAAGAACAGAAACUGGCAGCUCAACCCAAAACACAACUUAAGGUACAUGUGUUAUAGAGUUACAAGUCAAGAGACACGAUCAGCAAAGAGUACUGACAAGUUUGAAUUGAAAGGAUUGACAAUACACUGUGGUGCACUCAUUUGAUGCUGAUGUGAAGCUUCAGAACAUUUCCCUCAAGAAGAUGAUUAAGGGGGGUCAAAUGCUGACUUGACUGUUGGGGUCUUCGGAGGCCUGACGACACUCUUCUCAAGGGACGAGUCAAUGAGGAAACAAGAUGUUGGCAAUGUAUAGAAUGUAUAGUCAGUUUAAAGGGGAAUACUGGUGAAUUAUAUCAUUUCAAUGUGUUAACUUUAUGCUCUAAGACAGUUCUGUGCGUGUUGCUUUCUCUUUUAGAUUGAAACCAGAGAGUACAGUUUCCUGUGUCCCCUGACAUGUGAUACCACAUCAACUAUUUAGAGAAUGUGAUGGUAAAUAUGGCAAAUGUGAUUGUGGUCACACAGCUGCAAUUUGUAGCUGAAAACCUGCAGCACUCUUGACUGACACAUAUUUGUGUGGACCCAUGAAGUUAAAGCUAAACCCUGUGCUUUGUAUGAGUAUGGCAUAUUAGUCUGCUUACACAGGAAGCUCUUUUCCAGCCCUGUUACUGAUUACUUUCCACCAAUAGUAUAUUUUUAACACCCCUGAUUGUUGUAGGAGCUUAUCAGAUUUUUACUGUUCAGCACGUUGACUUGACAGCCAUAAACUUGACACAAAACACUAAAAAAACAGUAGCUCCAGUUGUGUUCUCGUAGAGAUGUUUAGUGUUUUCACUUGAAAUGCUGGUUGAACUGUCUUAGGUCAUGUAAGUAACUUGUUUGAAUUUUUAAGUAAAAGUAGUAUUUCCUUGUAAACAUGAUAUAUUUUAGAGACUAUUUGAAUGGCUCUGUGUCACAUCAGAAACUAAGAAUGUUUCUGAUGUUUAUGGUCUAAUGUAUCUAUGUUAUUACCAGGAGACUUUUCCUUGUCUUGUUUUUUUUUUUUCACACAAGGUGUUGACACCAUAUCUACGAAUCUGCUCCUAGCUUUAAAGUCUUGUAGCCUUGCAAGAGCAUUAACUUUGCAAAUAUUAUUCCUAGUUUUAAAGGAAUAUAUUAUUGUAGCAACCUGUAAGCUUACUUUUGCAGAUUUUACACAGGUACAUGUACAGAAAACAGUGAUUAUGAUGUAAUAUACCCUAAAACAGCCUAUAAUUUAUACUAUCAGUACACGAUUUUGUCACAUCAUACGUGAAUAUGCACUUGUUCCUGAAUUGUGAUUAUUUCAUUCAAAAGUGAACAUGAAUAAAUCUUUUUCUAUGGAAAUGCA